UUUUUUGAUGCUCCGGUUGAUCCGGCAUUUUUUUUUAAUUUUCUAUCUUUAAGUCAUUUCUUAUUCUUCUCCCCCACCAUUUCCACAGUAUGGCUUUUUCCUCUGCACUUGUCCUUACCGAUCUAAACGAUUACAUUGCACCUUCGCAAGCUUGUAUUAAGCCUGUCGAAGUUGAAAAAUCUGAAGACCAAGGACCUACAGAGAUCAAGGUCGAUUUAGAGGGCGAUUACUAUGAGAUCUCGAAAGACGGCGGUGAAUCGAAACUUGAGAAGGCCUCUAUUACUCUAAAUGACUGUUUAGCCUGCAGUGGCUGCGUUACUUCGGCCGAGAGUGUCUUGAUCACCAUGCAGUCGCAAGAAGAAUUGUACGGCAUUCUCAAUACGAAUCGAUUAGCGAUCGAGCAUAACGAUCCAAGUCAGCAUCGCACGAUCGUUAUAUCCAUUAGUCCUCAGUCUCGGGCGUCGUUGGCAGCCAAGUACAACAUGGAGCCGCUGCAGGUCCACAAACGUCUUGUGUAUUUCUUCAAACAUCAUUUGGGCGCACAUCAUGUAUUCGAUACGUCCUUCUCGAGAGACUUAUCGCUGGUCGAAUCAGCUCGAGAGUUUGUUGACCGUUUCCGUCGAUAUAUGGCGAAUGGCGGUGAGAAGUUGGAAGCUGCAUUACAGCAACAAGAUGCAGAGAAGCAGCAGGAGGCAGAGGAUGGAAAACGUCGUCCAAGAGCACGAAGAAGAGCGGCUGCCAAGAAUGAGGAUGGAGAUGGAUCAGCGACUCAGCAGGAUAUGCCUAUGCUCGCUUCGGCCUGCCCUGGCUGGGUUUGCUAUGCCGAAAAGACUCACGGAGCUGUCAUUCCUCAUAUCACUGCUGCCAAAUCGCCUCAACAAAUGAUGGGUACACUGGUCAAAGAUUACUUGGCAUCAAAAACGAAUACGUCUCCAAGUGCCAUCUAUCACGUAUCUGUCAUGCCCUGCUACGACAAAAAGCUGGAAGCAAGCCGACCAGAUUUCUUUUUAGAACAAUUCAACACUCGUGAGGUCGAUUGUGUUUUGACCACGGGAGAGAUUGAAAAGAUGUUUAUGGAACAGAAUGUUCAAUUCGAUCGACUUCCAGAGGCAGAGAUCGAUGACAUGUUCAACAAAACUGUCACAAACGCAGAAAUGCAGAUGGCUUUCGGCACGGCUGGUUCCUCUUCUGGUGGCUAUCUUGAAUACAUUUUACGCACAGCUGCUCGAGAACUGUUCAAUAUCCACGAUGUUCCAACCGAUCCAGCUACAGCACCCAAUAAUGCUCGUGUCAUUGUGAAGACUGGCAAGAACGCAGAUGUACGAGAAUACUUUUUGCAGGGCGACGAUGGUCGGAUACUUUUGCGAUUUGCAACAGCAUUUGGUUUCCGAAAUAUCCAAAACAUUGUACGCAAGGUCAAAUCCGGCAAAUGCUCGUAUCACUAUGUGGAGGUGAUGGCAUGUCCAGGUGGUUGUGUCAAUGGGGGUGGUCAGAUUCCCAACCCCAACUCGGAAGAAGUGUUGAGCGCCAAAGAUUGGGUCAGCCGUGUAGAGAGCGUGUACCAGACAGUCCCUGGUGUAGCUCCAGAAGAGAAUGAAGUUCUCAAAUCCAUAUACGAUGAGUGGAUCGGCGAUCCUUCAUCAGAACGAGCACACAAGCUGCUGCGGACACAAUAUCAUGCUGUCACGCAAAGCUUGGCUAACCCUCUUGCCACGAAAUGGUAGCUAGAAUCAAAUUUGUCCCUGUAUAGCGCAUCUCGCACUCCUCCAUACCACCUAAUGUCAUAUACAUAUACACCCUCCCGUUUGUUUUUGUCCCCAUUGUAAAAAUAUAUUUGUUUUAUAGAUAUCAUUAUUGAAAGGAUUUAGUUUAAC